UAAGCGCCCCGCCCUCAUACUACACUGUGACCAAUCAGAGUAUUCAGAUGGACUGCGACUCUCUACCCUUUCCCACUCAUUCCGCGCGCCCUUUACCAACAUGGCUGCGGACGCGAGGCACUCUGGGAUUCGUAGUCCGGCCCUCGCGUGUCUCCUCUUACCUCAGAGGGGCACGCUCCGGACGUUUUUUAUGGCUCCUGGGAGUUGUAGUUCUUUGACCUAUCUCGGCCCCCUCCUGUUUCCGGUGCCGUCACGGGAUAGAGCAGUUGGUGACAGUCCCGAGGGCCCCCGCCCCGCGCCCAUGGCCGAUCCGGAUCCCUCUGACCCCGAGGAGACCCAGGCAGGGAAGGUGCAGGAGGCUCAGGACUCAGAUUCAGACACUGAGGCAGGAGCCACUGGCGGAGAAGCAGAGAUGGACUUCCUGCGGAAUUUUUUCUCCCAGACUCUGGGCCUGGGCACCCAGAAGGAGCGACUCCUGGACGAACUAACCCUGGAAGGAGUGAGCCGCUACAUGCAGAGCGAGCGCUGUCGCAGGGUCAUCUGUUUGGUGGGAGCUGGAAUCUCCACUUCUGCAGGCAUCCCUGACUUCCGCUCCCCAAACACCGGCCUCUACGCCAACCUGGAGAAAUACCGUCUUCCCUACCCGGAGGCCAUCUUUGAAAUCAGCUACUUCAAGAAACAUCCAGAGCCCUUCUUUGCUCUCGCCAAGGAACUCUAUCCUGGGCAGUUCAAGCCCACCAUCUGCCACUACUUCAUCCGACUGCUGAAGGAGAAGGGGCUGCUCCUGCGCUGCUACACACAGAACAUAGACACCCUGGAGCGAGUGGCUGGGCUGGAACCUGAAGACCUGGUGGAGGCCCACGGAACCUUCUACACGUCGCACUGCAUCAGCUCAGGCUGCCGGCAGGAGUACUCGCUGAGCUGGAUGAAAGAGAAGAUCUUCUCCGAGGUGACUCCCAAGUGUGAGAAAUGUCAGAGCUUGGUGAAGCCUGAUAUCGUGUUCUUCGGCGAGAACCUCCCAGCGCGUUUCUUCUCCUGCAUGCAGUCAGACUUCCUGAAGGUGGACCUCCUUAUCAUCAUGGGCACCUCCCUGCAGGUGCAGCCCUUUGCGUCCCUCAUCGGCAAGAGCCCCCUGGCUCCAGGGUCUGUGCUCUUAGCUCCCCCUCCCCCACAGACUGACCCUUUCCUUGGGAUGAUGAUGGCCCUCGGAGGAGGCAUGGACUUUGACUCCAAGAAGGCCUACAGGGACGUGGCCUGGCUGGGCGACUGUGACCAGGGCUGCCUAGCCCUUGCCGACCUCCUCGGAUGGAAGAAGGAGCUGGAGGACCUUGUUCGGAAGGAGCAUGCCAGCAUAGAUGCCCAGUCGGGGUCGGGGGCCCCCAACCCCACUACUUCAGCUUCCCCCAGGAAUUCUCCACCACCUCCCACCAAGGACGAGGCCAGGACCACUGAGGGAGAGAAACCCCAGUGACCAUUGCAUCUCCCAGGCAGGACGCCCAGCCUUGGGACAGCUGGCCCCAACCAGCCCUGGCCCUCCUCUAACUUACAGCUCUUUUCUGGGGAGCUCAGAACAUUUCCUCAGUGUAUUAACGAUUCUCUCCCAAAACUGGUGUCCCAGCACCCCUGACCUCAUCAAAUCUCUAACAUUCUUGGCGGCGGAGGCUUGGGCAGCCUGUCUCUAACAGCCCACAGCCUCUAACCACCCCUAUGGCCAAGGAUCAGCCCCCCUAAUCUCUAACUGCUCAGGGGGCCAGGGGUACCUCCAAACUGCUAACUGUCCCAGGACAAGAGCCCCAGGGCCCACACACUCUCUACUGCUCCCAAGGGUCCGUGGCCAAGUAGCUGAAACCUAACCUAUCCUGGUUGGGGGGUUGUGCCCUCUACGCACCCAGUGGGGAGAUCCGAGCCUCAAGGCCUCCCAGGCCUCUGCCUCCAACUCUGAAAAGUGGGUGCUAGGCCUCCUCUCUUGGGUCCCACUUCCCAUGCAGGGGUGGGCAGAUGGUGUUGCUUAUUAGAGACGAAUUAAAAACAAAAAACAACUACCGA